AAAAAUCAAGAAAGCAGAGGAAAAGCAAUGAAAUUCAAUAAAAAUUUUCAUAUAACAGUAAGAAAAAGGAAUAUAUGAUUAGAUCUGUUGAUAAAUACCAAAAUGUUGAAAAUUCAGAGGACGAAUUUGAAUCAAGAAAAGAUAAGAUUAAUUUGGAUGACAAAUAUGAUUCUGGAAGGGAAAAUGAUUAUUGGAGUGCUACAGAUGAGGAAGUUCUUAAACUAGAUGUAACAUCUUCAGAUGAAGAGAAUAAAGAUAGCAUCUCAGAGAAUUUGAAUAAUUUAGAGGAUAAUAGCGAGGACGAAUUAGAUUUACAAAAUUGGGGAAGAUCUAAAAAAAAUUAUUAUGACGCAGAUUUAUUAUCAGAAGAAGGGGACAUCAUUGAAGAAGAAAAGGAGGCAUUAAGGCUUCAAAAGCUUUACCUUUCAAAAUUAAAAAAGGAAGAUUUUAUAGACGAUUUAGAAGAUUGGAAGGAAAAAGAAAUAAAUGAAAAAAAAAUUGAUCAAAGUGAAGUUGUUACAGAAGAGCUAUUAUCAAGUAUUCCGGAUAAUUUAUCAAAUGAAGAAGCUAUUAAUUAUUUGAAAAAAAUAUAUCCUGAAUUUACAUUACUUACUAAAGAAUAUUGUUAUCUUUUUCCACAACUAGAUCCAUUAAAAACUUCGUAUGAAAAAGCAACUGGUUCUCAAUUAAAACUUUUAGAAUUAAAAUUUUUUACUUUAUCAGCAUAUCUUGGCGUAUUAGCUAUGUAUUUUUCAAUAAUAGUAGAUCCAGAUAAAGAUGUAGUUUCUAUGAAAGAUCAUCCUAUUAUGAUUAGUCUUAUGCGCUUCAAAGAACUAUGGGAAAAAAUAGAAAAUAUUGACAGUGAAAUUGUAGAGAUAGAUAUAAAAACACAAUCAGAAGAAUCAGAUACAGUUAAGAACGACUUAAAUAUCAAACUACAUAAUAAAAAAAAAGAAAAAAAACCAGUGAAAGAUAUUAAACAGGAAACAAAAGAACAUUCUGGCUCAAUCUUUGAUGAUCUUAAUAUAUUAAAUGUCAAAAAAUCAUUUCAAUCUAUGAAAAAUGUUUUUGACAAGUUAAAAAACGAUGAUGAUUACAAAGAAGAUUAUCUUAAUAUAAAUAAUCCUAAUAGUACUACUAAGAGAAGAUCCCUUAAAUUUUAUACAACCCAAAUAAACCAGAAAACUGCAAAAAGAUCCAAAUUUCCAAAUUCUGGUGAUACAGAUUUGCCAUAUCAAGAACAUGGAAAAGAACAUAUACGUUCUAUUAAAAAAACUGAAGCAAGAAUAAAAGAUGAUGAUAUUUUUUCGAAGUCUGAACCCGAAUCAGAUCUACAAACUAAUGAUUCAGAUGAAAAUUAUUAUAACAUGUUAUCUAAUGCUACUAAAAAACGAAAAUUAGAAGGAAAAAUAGCCCAUGAUAUGGAAAAAGAAGCAAAAAAACAAUCUAUGUAUAAUACAGAAAAUGAAAUAAUAAAUGGAAAACGAAAAAUUAGAUAUGAUAUUGAAAAGAACAAAGGGAUAAUUCCUUAUAGGCCAAAGGAAGUUCGUAAUCCAAGAGUUAAGAAAAGAAAAAAAUAUGAAGUAGCUAAAAAGAAACUUGCUAGUAAAAUUGCUAUUUAUAAAGGUCCGCCAAAAGACGUAUAUAAAGGAGAAGCAACUGGCAUUAAAACACAUUUAGUCAAGUCUGUAAAAUUUCAGUAAUCCAAAUUUAUUAUGAUAUUACAAAUAACAUUCUAUAUUAAUUUAUAAAAAAGUAAUUAUCACGAUGUUUAAUUAUAAGGUAAAUUUUUUUAUAAAAACAAUAUCUAUUCUUCAAAAUAUAAUCUACAUGGUCUUUAUAUUUUAUAUUUAAAAAUAUAUAUAGUGUUUUUCAGGAUACUGCAAUAUUUAAAAAAGAUAUUUUCAUUUUUUUUCGAAUACAUAAAUAUUUAAAAAAAU